GAGCGCAGGCCGGGCCUCCGGGCCGAGCUUAGCUGAUCCCCAUCUCCCUCUCCCGGCCCGCAGGGCUCGGUGACCUACUCACGGGCGUUGGUAAAUGCUAGGUGACCCUGAGGAGGGACGGUGGGAAGGCAGAGCCCCGCUGUAGGGUUUGACUCUACCCGAGGAACUCAGGUGGGAUGCCGGGGUCGAUUCUCUUGAGAAAGGUCUUUCAAAAGAAGUGAAGUCAAGAUGAAGAACCAUUUGCUUUUCUGGGGAGUGCUGGCCAUUUUUGUUAAGGCUGUUCUUGUGACAGCCCAUGAUGAAGAUGGAAUGAUUGUUCUUGCUGACAACAAAUGUAAGUGUGCCCGGGUUACUUCCAGGAUCAUCCGUUCUACUUCUGAAGACCCUAAUGAGGACAUUGUGGAGAGAAACAUCCGAAUUAUUGUUCCUCUGAACAGCAGGGAGAACAUCUCUGAUCCCACAUCACCACUGAGAACCAAAUUCGAGUACCAUUUGUCUGACCUCUGUAAAAAAUGUGAUCCUACAGAAGUGGAGCUGGAUAAUCAUGUAGUUAUUGCUACCCAGAGCAAUAUCUGUAAUGAAGACAGUGCUACAGAGACCUGCUACACUUAUAACAGAAACAAGUGCUACACAACUAUGGUCCCACUUACUUAUGAUGGUAAUACCAAAAUGGUGGAAGCAGCCUUGACCCCAGAUUCCUGUUACCCUGACUAAUUUAAGUCAUUGCUGAUCGCACAACUCUUUAUCUUGAGAGGCUCUCCAUUUUGAUUCAGAAAGUUAAUAUGUUUACUACAAAUGAACUUGGAACCAAGAUUUUUCUUCAGUGAUGUAAAACUAACUUUCCCCCCAAAUAACUGAAAUAGUAACAUUUUUUUAUCUUUAUUAGGCAAUUAUCUCUCAAUUAGGCAAGAGGAGAAUAUAAAACUCAAAAAGUAAAAAUCAGGAGGUGAAAUUAAAUGUUGCCUUUCUUUGACUUUGCCUUGGAGAGCCCGAGCUCUUGCAUUUUCCCUACUAUUCUCUUUUUUAAAAGUUUCACUGUGUAGAGAAAAUAUAUGUAUAAACACAGGUCAAUUAUAUGUCUUCAUCGGAAAAAUAAUAAUUCAAAACAAGUUUCAUAACUAUUUAUACAAAUAAUUUAAAAUAGGAUCUCUAAUAUGAAAACAAUUAGCCAAAAGUGAUAUAAUUAAAUGCAUAAUUGAAAAAUAUAUUUUGACAUAAUAUACAGACAUGGCAGCAGAUGAUACAGAUUAUUCUUUUUUUGAUAAAAAAAAUUUAUUUUGAUAAUCAGGUUAGUGUAAGAAAUCUCAUUGGAAAUCAUCUAUGUUGUAAGUCUAAUGAAAUAUGUAUUCCAAAAUAUGUAUUUUCUAUCACAGUUUGAACAAUUAAAUAGAUUCAUAAGCAUA